GGAGGCAAUACUACGCCACAAGCCCAGAGAGAAGCUGAAGCUUAACUUGCUAAACACUCUCUCUUUCUUCUUCUCUUCUCCCUAGCUAGCUUUGUCAUGAAGACUACAAUAAUGCCUUCUUCACUGCAUAAUGUUGCAGGCCUCAUACUCUUCUCCCUUCUCUUCACCAUCAGCUCUGCUCAGUUGUCUGCAAAUUUUUACUCAACCUCUUGCCCUAAUGCCCUCUCCAUUAUCAAAUCGGCCGUAACCUCUGCCGUGAAGUCCGAGGCUCGGAUGGGAGCUUCCUUGCUUCGUCUCCAUUUCCAUGACUGCUUCGUCAAUGGUUGUGAUGCAUCGGUUCUGUUGGAUGACACAGCAAACUUCACGGGGGAGAAGACUGCUGGUCCAAACAACAAUUCGUUGAGAGGAUUUAACGUGAUUGACAAUAUUAAAACUCAACUUGAGAGUUCUUGUGCUGGUGUUGUAUCUUGUGCUGAUAUUGUUUCUGUUGCUGCUCGUGAUUCAGUUGUUGCGCUAGGUGGACCUAGUUGGAGUGUUGUAGUAGGCAGAAGAGACUCAACCACAGCAAGUUUGAGUGGUGCUAACAGCAAUAUUCCUGGACCAAGUUCCAGUCUCAGUCAACUCAUCUCUUCUUUCUCAAACAAAGGCUUUAGCACUAGGGAAAUGGUUGCCCUCUCAGGUAGUCACACAAUUGGGCAGGCUAGAUGCACGACUUUCAGAAACCGAAUCUAUAACGACGCCAAUAUAAAUAGCACAUUUGCCACAUCAUUGAAAGGAAACUGUCCCCAAAGUGGUGGUGACAGCAAUCUUGCUCCACUUGAUUUCACUACUCCAACAUCAUUUGACAAUAAUUACUUUAAGAACUUGCAGAGUCAAAAAGGACUUCUGCACUCCGACCAGGAGCUCUUCAAUGGAGGUUCUGCAGAUUCUAUAGUCAACACUUAUAGCUCAAAUCCUUCUACCUUUGCUUCAGAUUUUGCAAACGCUAUGGUGAAAAUGGGUAAUCUCAGCCCUCUGACGGGUUCAAAUGGCCAAAUUAGGAAGAAUUGCAGGAAAACCAAUUGAGUUGCAUUCAAAAUGCCAAUGCGUAUAUUUUUAGUUUUAAUAAUCAAAUAUUACAAUUGUCAAAUAAAGUUUUGCAAUAGUAAUGUAAUCGUAUUUCAGUGUUUUGUAUGGGGGUGGAGCAAACAAGUCGGAUUGAUGUUAGAAGAUAAUGUUUUUCUUUUAUCCAUUGGCAGUUAAUUGUAUGAAUACAUGUGUUACUUAAGCAACGUUAAUUAUGCUUUCCAGUGCAAUAUAAAACUUCAAUUCUUCCA